GAACGAGACACGAGAGCGGAAGAAUGGAAAAGACGAGACACGGAGACUGAGUUUGGUGGCGCUUGCUGUAGGAAACUCUGUGUUGGCCCAAGGCAUGCAAACUCAUCUUGUCACUCAGGAGACAAUGCCCCAUGGCAAGGGAGAGAGGUAUGGCCCAUGGGCAGACUGGAGCUGCCAGAGACGCCAGAGACAUCGUUUACGAUGAGAUGAAUAUUUGCCUGACAUGAGGGAAGCAAAGGGAGUUUCCAGAAGGUAUAAGAAAGACAAGAUUCUCCAGCUUCUGUCCAACUUUUCUUUCCCUCCUCACCCUCAUCAUCAUUACACUCCGCAUCCUUAGCUCCUCUCUUCCUCUCUCUUUACCUCGUUUCACUCGUUUACGACCCGAGGUCUAGUCAUUCUUUUACUUGCUUUCGUCACUCGCUUAGUCAUGCGUCGCACGGCUCUCGUCGCCCUCAUGGGCCAGUUGGUUAUGGGACAGAGUUCUUCUCCCUUGUUCCCCAACACCACCACGACCUCCACCACUCGCAGCUCGUCGCUCACCACCUCGUCCUUCUCCACAACCCUCUCGGGUUCCACGUCGGUGACCACCAUCCAGACCACCUCAACUGGCCAGACGACAAUCAGCAGUCUGACCACCUCCACUGGCUCGGACACCACUCUGACGACUGAGGUCCCCAUCACCACUUCCGACAUUGUCUCGACCAUUGACACCACCAGCAGCUCCGAGGUGCCUCCCAUCACCACCGAUGAGUCGACUACGAUUGACACCGCUACCGCCACUGGCACUGGCACCGAGACCAGCUCGACUUCGUCGUCUGCCACCCCGUCUGCCACCGUCAUCCCCAACCCCAGCAACGUUGGCAACUUCUCCCUCCUUGGCUGCUUCGGCUCUACCACUGGUUUCCCUACCUUCGACCUGGUCCUGUCUGCCUCUUCCAUGACCCUCGAGCUUUGCGUCGCUUCCUGCCCCGCUGGAAAGCGCUACGCCGGUCUGUUUGGCUCUGACUGCUUCUGCGGUGACAUCGUCAGCGAUGCCACUGCCACCCGUGUCUCUGAGGAUAGAUGCAACAUCGCUUGCCCUGGCAACUCUGGCGAGCGCUGUGGUGGCCGCAACACCAGCGGAUCCCUGAAGCGCCAGCUUAUCUCUGCUGAGAUCCUGUUGACCAUCUACAUCCGUGUUGAUGGCGGUAUCGAUGUCACCACCACUGCCACCGUCACCACCACCUUCACUGCCACCACCACCGCCACCAUCGAUGGUACCGCUUCCACCGGCGUCACCACUGUCACCACCACCUACUGCCCUCUGUGCCAGGACUGCCAGGGUCCCUUCUGCUACAAGCCCACUCCCAACCCGUGCUCCAACGGCAAGUGCUUCGGCGUUCCCUGCUACGGUGAUGACUGCUACAAGAAGAUUGUUGCCUACGGUGACUACUGCGGUUUCGACUACCCCUGCUACGGUGCCGACUGCCAGCGCCGUCUCGUCUGGGUUGAUGGCACCUGGCACCCUGAGGUCUGCUCCGGAUACGACUGCGGCCGCAAGAUCAAGUGUGUCUCCGGCAAGUGCGACUAUGUCAUCAAGGGAUCCGACUUCGACUCCGAGAAGAUUGUCUGCUACGGCAACGUUUGCAAGGUCGAGUCCUGCUCCGGCGAUGAGUGCAACAAGAAGUACGUCUGCAAGGACAACUCCUGCGUCUUCGAGUCCUGCCCGUACGCAGAUGCCAACAAGAAGUACGAGUACAAGAACGACAAGUACAUCGAGGUCAAGGGCUGCAACGGCUCCUGCCCCGUUCCCCAGCCUCCUUGCUCCGGCGACUCCUGCAAGGUUGUCAUCCCCGUUCCUCCCGUCACCACUGUUGGCUGCGAUGGCACCACCUGCAGCACCAUUGUCAUCCCCCAGCCCCCCGUCACCAAGACUCCCUACGUCCCGGCCACCGAGACCAAGCCCGCCGCCAACCCCCCUGCCACCGGUGCUCCCCCCGCUGGUGCUCCCCCGGCCGGCUCUCCUCCCGCUGGUGCUCCUCCCGCUGGUGCUCCUCCCGCUGGUACCCCUCCUGCCGGUGCUCCUCCUGCUGGCACUCCUCCUGCCGGUGCUCCCCCUGCUGGCACUCCCCCUGCCGGUGCCCCUCCCGCCGGUGCCCCUCCUGCUGGAGCUCCCCCGGCCAACUCUGCUGCUCCCCCCGCGGGCGGCAACCCCACCGGCACCGCCACUGCCAAGCCCCCCGUCGUCACGGCCGGCACCAGCAAGUUCGCUGCCAGCUUCGGCGCUCUUGCCUUCAGCGUUCUUGCUGCCGCUGUUCUUCUGUAAGGGACUCGUCUGAGCAUGGAUGGAUAUUCUCUUCUCUUGACUCUACUAUGGGUCUGUUAAUGGUUAUCAGUGGUGGUUUGUGGUAGGGGAAGUGGUUUUCUUCGAUAGUGGCCUAGCGGUUUUUGGGAGCAUCUUCGGAUCUCUCUGCUCGGCUAUGGAUGGACCUUUGACAAACGAUUUGACGAUAUAGAUAAUAAAGCGUGUGUUUCGCCA